GUACUUCUGGUUGUUGCUUAACUUGAUUUUCUAUUCAGUCAGUUUUAGCACUUUGUCCCAACUGUGUUUAAUGUUUACCUUUUCCACUGGAACCUGGUUCUCCUUUGCCAUAUCUUCUUCAUAACUAGAGCGAGGUGCACUUCAGCUGAAUCAUUCAUGUAAAGUCAUAAAACAAAUACAUGCCCAACCUUAUUCUUAUUGCAAAGCAGAAACCGGAUACUCUGUUGCUUCCUCUUAUACUAGCCUUUCUUCUCCGAGACACAAACCAAACCCAUAAGGAGAACAGCAAACAAAACUAACAGCUUAACAAAUGGGGCUUAGAAAUUCUACACCACUGAAAAUCAAAGAAGCCCAGAUUAUAAUGCUUGGACUUGAUUCAUCUGGGAAAUCCACUCUUUUAUACAAGCUAAAAUGUAAUGAAGUCUUCCUAACAGAGCCAACAAUUGGUUUUAAUGUGGAGAUGAUUAAAACAUCAAAAGAUAUGACCUUAACAAUAUGGGAUGUUGGAGGUCAGCAGAAAAUGAGGACUGCUUGGGACAACUAUUUGGAAGACAUGGAUUGCUUGGUCUACGUGGUUGAUAGCUCUGACAAGUGGCACUUGGAAGAAUCAAAGAAAGAGCUGGAGCUUAUUUUAAGACACGACAGUAUAAAAAAUGUACCGGUGGUUGUCCUGGCAAAUAAGCAGGAUCUUCCUGGAGCUCUGAGCGCUGAAGAAAUAACUCGGAGACUCAACAUGAAGAAGCACUGCCAAAACCAAAACUGGUAUGUACAACCCUGUUGUGCACUUACAGGAGAAGGACUUUCAGAAGCAUUCCAAAAGGUGGCAAAAUUUGCAAAAUCUUGCAUAAAAUCUAAACAAGAAGGCUUUGCAAUUUUCAAACAACUUUAAAUUAUCAAUUCAUAAUCUGGAUAAUUAACCCAUUGCUGGGGCAGAACAAUACUCUGUUCAUUAACCAUCUGAUUUUGUAAUAUGUUUUCUUAAUUUUUUUAUAAAGUGAAAUAUUUGUGACAAACUUUGGGCUAAUCACUUAUUUCUAUUGGCCUUCAAAAAUAUCCUGUUGCUCUAACGAAAGAAAUAUGAUUAAAUCCUGAAGUAUGAAAUUGCAAAAAGAAUAAAAUCAGCCACAAUAUGAAUGGUUAUGGAAGCGUGUUCAUGUCAUCCAUUUUGCAUCCAACAAUUAUGUAAUAAUUAAUGUAACAAAUUGGAAGUUUCUGCAAUAAGUAAUUGGAAAUGAUUAGACAAAACCCUACUUGUCAUUAGUACGCUAUUAAAAUAAAAUCAAAUAAAAUAUAGAUUUGCAGUACUGUCCUAAAGUUUAUGCUAGCAUAUCUCCCCUACAAAGAUAAAAUGUUCAAUAUAAUAUAUAAAUAGUAAAAAUAUGUUUUAUUUUAAUUAAACCAGGUAAAAUGCACAAAAAGCUAAAGUAUUUUUUAUCUAAUUAUUUGUUUUACAGCUGCCCAAAGUAAUUAUAUCCCAAAAUAAAACAGAGAAGACUUCUCAUAGAAAAUCUUUAAUAUAAAGUGUCUUUAAUUUUCAUAACGCAAUAGUAUCCAAAUUGCCUUUAAGAAUUCAUCUAGUAUAAACAUUUAACACUAAUUGUUACCAGAGAUAUUUUAUCCCAACUUUGUUUUCAUGGACAAGAAAUUCUCUUAUAAAGUACGUUCACAAAGAUCACAAACCACAGUAGUUAAAAGGACCCUUUUAACAGUUUAACAUCUUUACUAGAUGACACACUCACAAACAUAUGUUCCAUUUAUUUCAUUUUUAGUGAUAUCUGUAUAAAAUGUACAGAAUCAGAACCUGGGUUUUGCUUGUCCAGAGAAAUACAUUGGUAAUUUUGAAAUACCUUUUAUACUGGAACAAUGCAAUGAGUGUUUGAUGCAUUGCUUUGUUGGAAAAUGUUUCAUAAAGCUUCUCAUAAAUCAUAAUAAGUAUAAUAAUCUUUUCAUUGGUGAUAUGAAGUUCCAACUUUCAGUUGGCUUCUAACUGUCAUAGAAUAUCAUGAUAAUAAAGCAUUUGCACCUAUGAAGAGAAAUGAA